GAUGGUAUAUUGGAGAGCUGCGCUGUGACAGCGGAGCUCUAUCCGGCGAAGCGCUACUGAGCAAACUCAAUCUAGUUAGCCAUGGCGGCGACAGGAGGAGGGAAAAUCAGAUCAAGAAGAUACCACAUCGCUUCAAAACCUUAUGCCAAAGGCAAACAGCAGCCUGGCCUGAUCAGUCGAGUGACUGAUACAGUGAAGAGCAUAGUCCCCUCCUGGCUGCAGAAAUAUUUCAAAAAUGGAGAAGUUCAAGAGGGUGAUACCGGCACAGUCGGGGUGGACCGGAAUAAUGUGGCUCCUCCCCCCAACGGCAAUGAGGAAGUCACCCCACUCCCAGAUGGACGAGAUUCUCCAGAGCCGAGCACAAGUAACACGGAACCAUCUACAAGCAAAGCGUCGCUGAACUUCCCGGAAGCUCUGUCGAGACCCCCGCUCAAUCGGACCCACCUGCACGUCCCCUCCCUGGAUGGUUCCCCUGCGUUAGGCGGCACAAGCUCCCACUUCUGUCAGCCCUCCACGUCCACAGCACCCUUCUCAGGGAGUCCUUUUGCUGUAACCUCCAACUUCUCCCUGGUAAAAGAGAUUAAGGACUCCAGCUCUCAGCAUGAGGAUGACAACAUCUCGACUACCAGUGGCUUUUCAUCACGUGCAUCUGAUAAAGAUGUUCCCAUGUCAAAGACUGUGCCGCUCCUCUGGUCCCCAGAGACAGAACGCACACAUUCUGGAUCGCAGACAACCCACUCUGGGCUCAAGAAACCAGCCUUCAACCUGUCAGUCUUUGGCACUUCUUCAUCAUCAGUGUUGAACAGUUCAGUAUUGAACUCUAGUCAGUUGGGGGAUUCACCCUUCUACCCGGGGAAGACCACGUAUGGAGGAGCUGCUGCGAUGAGAUCGGCUCGUUCACGCCCGGCUACACCUUACCAGCCUCCUGUUAGAAGACAGAUAAAGGCAAAGCCAGCUGGAGCUCAGCCCUGUGGAGUUACCAGUGCCACAGCGAGACGCAUCCUACAGUCCCUGGAGCGCAUGUCCAGUCCUCUUGCUGAUGCAAAAAGAAUUCCGUCGACGGUUUCAUCACCUCUGUCCGCUUCACUGAAUCACACAGACCUUGACAUUUCAAAUUUCCAGGCAAAGAGGAAACGGUUGGAGCCAUCAGUCCCUCCUGUGCAGAAGCUGGUGGUCCCUGCAGCUGCUGCAGUGUCUGGUAACCGCUCAAUGUCCUUCAGACCAUCACUUACUCCAGGUGGAGUGAACAGAGGAGUGGAGAAAAGCAACAAGGAGACUCCGGUCAGACAAUCCCCUCCAAUUUCAGAUCGUGCCCAGGCUCCCUCUCCCAGCACAAGCAGUUUGUCCUACCCCCUGUCCAGCACCCCAGUGACCAACAGUGCUGUUUCAGGAGGGGGCAAAAUGAAGAGGGAAAGGGCCAUUAGACCUUCAUCCAAAAGACCUGACGAUGAGGUUGCCGAGGAACCAGAUCUGCCUCCUGCCUCUCUUCCCAGCAAUUUCACUUUGCCAACAUUUAAUUUCUCCUCUCCUCCCCCACCCUCUUCACUCACCCCAAGCACAACACCACUUAUAAUUGUCUCAGAGGAACUGGCAGCAAAUAAGGAGUCAGCAGCACCAUCCACACCACCAUCGGUUCCCUUCACGUUCUCUUCGCCUAUCGUCAAGGCAACAGCUGCUAGUCCUCCAUCUUUCUCUCCAUCAUCUGGAUUCACCUUCAGUGCGCCUACUAUGAAAACAGGCCCCUCUUACUCCAGUGGGAAAAUUGUUCCAACAGUAGCACCAGUCAAAUCAGUGGCCAGUGAAGAAAAGGAGUUUGAAGGACCCUUCAAACCAGCGAAAGUCUUAAAACAGGGCAGUGUAUUGGACAUACUUAAAGGACCUGGAUUUGCGUCUCCUGCUCAGAACUCCAUUGAUAAGCCUUUACUGUCUGCAUCAACAUCCUCUGCUCCUCUUGGUUUUGGUGAUAAGUUUAGGCCACCUGCAGGGUCAUGGACCUGUGGCACUUGCCUAUUGCAAAACAAGUCCUCAGACAAAAAGUGUGUGGCUUGUCUUGCUCCACAACCCAACACAGACUCUUCCUCUAAACCGGACAGUAAAUCCACAGGAGCUCCUGCAAGCAUCAGUUCCCUCUUUGCUCCUCCAGCUGGUAGCUGGGACUGUGACACAUGUUUAGUAAGGAACAAAUCAGAUGUAGUUAAAUGUGUAGCUUGUGACACGGCCAAACCUGGGACUGGAGUAAAAUCCAGCCUGACUCUACCAGCUCUUUCUGAGUCCUCAUCCACCCUCUCUUCCACCUCUUCUACAACCACCACAACUGGACUGUUAGGAUUUGGGGACAAAUUUAAAAAGCCAGAAGGGUCUUGGGAUUGUGAUGUGUGCAUGGUUCAAAACAAGGCACAGGAUGUGAAAUGUGUAGCUUGUCAGAGCUCUAAACCAGGAGCUGUAGCCACGGCUGUCUUGACUCCAGCCUCUGCACCUGCAAGCACUGCAGGAUUUGGGGACAAGUUCAAGAAACCUGAGGGGAGCUGGGAGUGUGAGGUGUGCUCUGUUCAGAAUAAGGCAGAGGACCAGCAGUGUGUGGCCUGCACGUCAGCAAAACCGGGAGCUAAAAUAGAGUCCAAAGGUUUCAGUUCAUCAUUUGGCGUUCAGUCCAACAGUACAGACUCAAGUUCAUCCGGUUUUAAGUUUGGUACAGGCUCUACGGAUUUGACCUCUGCUGGCCUGAAGUUUGGAGGCACUUUCUCAGAUACUACUUCCACCACGGGAGGGUUUACAUUUGGAUUUGGGUCCUCCAACUCAACCUCCAAAUCAGAGGGCUUCAAAUUUGGAGGCUUCUCCUCGGAUGCAGCUUCUAGUGGGGUAAAACUUGGUAGUUCCUCAUCAGAUUCCACAGCAACAAAAGAGAGCGUGUCAAAGCCCUUUACAUUUGGUUCAUCCAUGGAUGACUCGCUUGAAAAAAAGACUAAAUCUCAGGAUUCUAGUGCAGGAUUUAAAUUUGGUGGCAGUAAUGGAAUCAAUUUCAGCUCUCAAGCUUCUGGCGCAGAAAACUCAUUUUUAUUUGGAGCUAAACCCAGUGAGAAAGGAAGCUCAAAUUCAUCUUUUAGUUUCUCUGUGCCGCAGUCCAAAGCUGAGAAAGAUGAUGCUCCUGCUCCCUCAGAAACUGUUUCAAUCACCACCACAACAACGGCAGCAAACGUCAUUCCUAUUUUUGGCAAGUCUUUAGUAGCUGAAUCUUCUGCAACAAAGUUUGGGGAAGAAUCGACGAAAGAGCAAACGCUGGUGACGUCCACCUUUACCUUUGGAAAAACAGAAGAGAAAAAGGACACCUCUGCACCCUCCACUGGGUUCUUAUUUGGUGCUUCCAAGAAAACUGACAAACCGGCAACAACCUUGGGCUUCUCUUUCGGUGAGCCGGACCCUACAAAGGAUUUUCCCAAGCCUACGCUCACAUUUGGGAAACCUGCUGAGUCAGCAGAACCUCCAAAACCAUCGUUUAGUUUUGGACAAAGUAUGACAGACACAUCUGCUCCAAAGCCCACUUUUGGCUUUAUGGGCAACUCCUCAAGUACCCCAGCUUCCUCCAGCUCCACCCCCAGCCUUUUCAGCACUCCCAUUACCUCUUCCCUGGCUCCCACACCUGCUCCCUCAAGUACCUUUGUAUUUGGCCAGAAUACCUCCUCUGAACAAACCAUGGCAAAGACUUUUGUGUUUGGACAGCAGCCGCAGGAUAGCCAGCCGGCACCUCCCGCUGCACCCCCUGCUGCACCUGCCCCAGCACAACCUUUUCAGUUUGGCUCGGGCACAAACUCCUCCUCCCCUGCUUUUACUUUUGGUGCUGCUGCGUCCUCCACCUCAGCCUCUAACGCUCCAGCUCCACCUGCCAACCCUUCUCCAUUUGUCUUCAAUUCUGCCACACCUUCAUCUGGCUUUGGCUCUGGACAGACCCCCAUCUUUGGACAAAGCGCAUCUCAACCCAGUGUUCCUGCAUUUGCGUCAGCAGCACCUUCAUUCUCUGCAACUGCUUCCCCAGCUUCUACUUUCGGAGCUACACCCAGUUCUGCUCCUGUAUUCGGUCAGCAAGCCAACCCUGCACCUACGUUUGGAUCUACUGCUUCCUCCACAGGCCAAGGAGGUUUCCAGUUUGGAAGCACUGGUGGAUUUGGAGCAUCAGGGAGCAACAAUAGUGUGUUUGCCUUUGGAGCCGGAUCAGCAGCUCCAGCAACUCUUGCCGCCAGCCCUGCCAUGCCUGCUUUAAAUCCUCCCUCUGGUGGGGGCUUCAGCUUUGGUCAGGCCCCUGCUUUUAACAUUGGGUCAGGAAAGAGUCCUUUCACUGCAACACCAUCUGGGCAGACUUCAAUCGCUGGACGCAAAAUCAAAACUGCUGUUCGACGCAGGAAGUAAAUUUUGGAAAGGAUUUGUUGUGGCUUGGGUGUAGACUAUUGGGACAGACACUGAAGUUCUUAGUAUUUUGAUCAUGGCACUAUGAUUAGCUCAUAGCUAAGAUUUUGGUUUUUUUUUGCUAUGGAGGUCAUUGAGAAAACUGAAUGGGGAACACUGGCCCUAACCAAGACUUAAAGAUGCAAAAUAACAUUACAAUCAAGCAAGAACCUUUUAAACAGGACAAUAAUCUUUGCAGCAUCUGCAUUGUGUGCAGGAUUUGCUUUUUUCUUUUCUUUUUGUAAGUAAAUGAAAGAAACAAUUUAAUGAUGCUCUGAAGAAAAAGUAUCGACGGGUUGCUUAUGCUUGGGUUGACUUCAUUAGGCUGAGAAAGAGACCUAAUUGCUGAAUCUACAGAAGGGUGUUUUUAUGUAUUGAAUGACCCGUAUGUUUUUUCCGUGCGCAGGUUGUAUGUGUGGUUUCUUUUGUACGUGCCGAAUUGUGUUUGAUGUAAAAACUUAGCCUGUGCGCCUGAGUGCCGUCUGAUGUGAGAAGCGAAACGAAUGUUUUAAGGAGGUUAGUGACGUUGAGGGCCGUGCACCUCCACUGCAGAGAUUUGCAGGCAAAUAAGAAAAAGGAAAAGUCCUGAAUUUUUCUCUCAAAACCUGUAGUUCUGAUUCUGUUCAUGUUCAUCUUGUACAAUUUAUUUUCUUAUGUACUCCCUUAUUUUGUCUACCCUCUCAAUUUGAUUUCAAUCUCUUUCUCUCUUGGUUUCUUUAUUUCCUGUCCUCUCAUCCUUUAACUUGCGCUUUUGAAUCAAUUAAUUGGCCUUUGAAUAUUAUAAAAAAUUGUAAAUAGUGACUUUUUCUUUUUUUUUUCUUUUUCUUUUUUAAUCUGUGAAGUUUUGUGUGUUAAACCAGCUUUUUUUGUGUUCUGUGUUCUGUCUUUUAGAAAUUAUUAUGUAAAGCCCUUAAUUCAAAGUUGCCCAGAUCCAUUUAAAAGUAAACUUAAAUGCCAAUUGGGGAUCCUUUGAAGACUAAAGGAAUAUUGGCUUUUCUGAUCCACUUUUGUUUGGACCAAAACCAGUAUUGUAAAAAGUGUUAAGUAUAUAUUUUUCUAUGACUUGUUUAAAUGGACUUAGGGUGACUUUGUAUAAUAAGGACAUCUACUUAAUUUUAAAGCCAUAAUUAUUACUGGCUGAGUGCUAAAUAAAACCAUGGGCAAUUGCCAUCAAUAAAA